AUAAAAAACUAGACAUUUUUAUGAGCAUUUUGGACUAAUAUUUUUUGUUGAAAUGUAACCUCAUAUGUUGUGUAAAAAAAAAAGAAAAUGAGCUUUUACUGUUGAACGACUCACCUUAUCCAUUCGCACGCCCCGAGCAGCCGUCCACCCUCCCCAUUUCUCCUCCUCCAGUCCUCCGACACCCGAGCUGCUCCCUCCUUGGCUCCCGGCGAUUUCCGACCGGAUCCCACCGGUUUCCGCGCUCGUGGAGGCGGUUUCCGACCGGCAAGAAGAGGUUUCCGGGCGGGCGCGGGCGCCGGUGCCGCUGCCGGCCGCUCCCGUCAUUUCCCGAGCGGAAAUCGGGGUGUUUCGGCCGGAUUUCGUCGCCGGUCGCGCGUAGCUUCCGCUUGCUCCGGGUUUUGCGGUUUUCGGAAGUUCCGGCCGGUAAAUCUUUGAUUCCGACCGGUUUUUCUCCCUACCGACCGGAUCCGGCUGCUGUGGGUAAGGUUUUUUUUGUUUGAAUUUUUUUAUGGUAGCAAGUAGUGUAAUAUAAGUAUUAGUAGAAGUAUACAAUGUUUUUAUGGAUUAGAAAACGAGAAUGUGCAUGUAUUUGUUAUUCAUGUUUUGUUAUGUAUGUGUAUGAGUACAAAUGUGAAAAUUAAUAUGCAUGUGUUAUGACAAAUUGAGAAUGUGCAUGUUUUUUUGGUAUGUGAAUAUGCAUGUGCAUGUGUAUGAAUGUUGCACCGUUGCAGGUAAAUGGUUGACCCUGUUUGGGAGCAUGGAGAAAAAAGGGGAUCGGGUUUCAAGUGCAAGUAUUGUGGCACAUCAAAGAGCGGUGGAGGGGCAACACGGUUCAAGGACCACUUGGCACAUAGAGGUCAUGAUGUUAUUGAUUGCCCUUCGGUUCCCCCCGCGGUGAAGAACUUUUUCAUUAGUGAGUUGGACAAGAUAAAGGCGAAGAAGUAUGAAAGACAGCAAGAUAGACGUAGGAGAGAUGCUGCAGCUCGAAGUACUCAAUAUGUUGACUUUGAAGGUGAGGAAGAAGAAGAAGAAGAGCAGGAUGAUGAGUUGCAGCAAGCUUUGAGACAUUCACGGGAAGAGUAUGAGUUUAGGCAAAGGGCUGGUCCAAGGUAUGAGAGGGGUGGUGGUUCUGGAUCAGGCCAGGCACGGGAUCCAGGUGGUGGCUCUAGACCAAUUGGGAGGAUGUUUUCUAGGAGUCGGUCACAUAUCCCCGAGCGGGCAAGGGACUAUAACCUUGCUACUGCUUCCGGACCGAGGCAGCAGAGGAUUGAUACGGGGCCUUGGACGUCUAAGGGGAGGACUGCGAGAGAGUUGCUGGGUAGGGCGUGGUCAAAGGCUUGCCACUCCGUUGGUAUUCCUGGACGGAAGGUAGAUGACCCUUACUUUAGGGCGGCCAUCAUAGAGACACAGAAACAAGGUACUGGGGUCACGAUCCCAACUGGGAGGGACAUUGAUGGAAAAUAUCUUUCAGAGAACGUGGAGGAGAUAAAGAAGGAGAUCAACAAGUGGAAGCAAGAGUUCCCUGAGUAUGGUGCCACUAUCAUAUGUGAUUCAUGGACCGGUAUUUCUCGCAAUAGCGUAAUCAACUUCUUGGUAUAUUGCAAUGGAAUGAUGUACUUCUGGAAGUCUAUUGAUGUAACUGGAAAAAUACAAGAUCAUCAUCUCAUACUUAAGGAGAUAACAAUUGUUCUGAACGAUAUAGGGCCAGAAGAUGUGAUUCAGAUAGUCACUGAUAAUGGCAGCAACUUUAAGAAGGCUUGCAAGCUGUUGGCAGAGGAGUACCCUCACAUUGUGUGGCAGCCAUGUCUUGCCCACACGAUCAACCUCAUUCUUAAAGAUAUUGGAAAGUGGGAUGAUCACAAGGCCAUGAUUCAGAGUGCCCAAUAUAUUUGUCAAUGGUUAUACAAUUCUAAUAGUGUGCACUCCAUGUUUAAGAGUGCCACUGGUGGGGAGCUAGUUAAAUGGAAUGCAACAAGAUUUGGCACUAACUAUAUGUUUCUGGAGAGUUUUAUGAAGAAGAAAGAUCAAUUUAUGAUAUGGAUGAUGUCAACUGAAUAUAGAUCAUCACGCCACUACAAGACUGAAGCAGACAAGACUGUGCCUGCUCAGAUCUUGACUGACCUCGCACGUAGGGUGGGUGAGCCACAAAUUUAA